AAUUGACACCUCCUCGGCGGGAGAAGAAGAGAGGGAAAGAGAAGAGGAAGAGGAAGAGGAGGAAGAGAGGGAAAGAGAGGUCGAUCCCCCUUCUCCUCCUCGGCUGCAGCUCGGACUAUUUGGCUGCAAGGGGAGGAGGGCCAGCCAGGGGCAGCGGCGGCGGCGGCGAUUGUCCGGAUGCCUGGCCGGGAGCGGAGGCUGCUUGGCUCGGGCGCCGCGGCGGAGCAGAGGGCGCCUGGCUCUCCGGCCGAGCAGAUGUGACCGCCUGGCCCGGCCUUGGCCUUUCCCUCCCCGCUGACGGAGCCUCAGCGCCUGCGGGAGGAAGAAAGCCCUCGCCAUGACUCCUUUGCGGGGCCAAGCCCGACGGAGGGGAAUGUCCAACUGAGAAGCAGCCAGAGAGAGGAAGAUCGCCAGCCUUAGAAGCCUCCUUAGAAGGGAGCCAAAGUCUGGAUCGCGGCGGCGGAGGCAGGCGGGUGGGUGUUGUGGGAGCCGGACCCCGACCCAAGGGCCCCGAAGCGCCCGCGGACAAAAGCCGGAGGAAAGCGAGCUCGCAGGCUUCCCAUGGAGGAGAACGAACAGCGCCCGGGAGACGGAGGCGGCGACCACCCCCAUCCGCCCCCAGCCGAGGACUCCAGCAGCGGCAGCGAAGGGGAGCCGCAUCGGCGGCGGGCGGCGAUGCUCCUGCCUCGGGUGCUCCAAGCGCCGGGCAACCACCCGCACCCGCCCCACCGGAUCACCAACUUUUUCAUCGACAACAUCCUUCGGCCGGAGUUCGGGAGGAGGAAGGAGGACCCGGGGAGCUGCCUUAGCUCUGACUCCCAGCCCCAGCAGCCCCAGCCCCAGCCCCAGCAGCUCUUAGACGCCGCAGCCUCGGGCUCCCCGGGCGAAGGGGGUGGCGGUGCGGGCUCCAAAGCUCUGGUCCCGGCCAAGAAAGGAGGCGACUCUGGGGGGGACUUGGAGGGAGCCUUGAAGCCCCGAGGAGGAGGAGGAAGCGGAGGGAGUAGCAGCGGAGGAGGCGGCGGCGGCGGCGGAGGUGAUCUCUCGUUGAGCUCCGACUCGGACAGCUCCCAAGCCAGCUCUUUCCCCAGCGCACAGCCCAUGCUCUGGCCGGCCUGGGUCUACUGCACCCGCUACUCCGACCGGCCUUCUUCAGGCCCCCGGUCCCGGAAACCAAAGAAGAAGAACCCCAGCAAGGAGGACAAGCGGCCCCGGACGGCCUUCACCGCCGAGCAGCUGCAGAGACUCAAAGCCGAGUUCCAGACGAACCGCUACUUGACGGAGCAGCGGCGCCAGAGCCUGGCCCAAGAACUCAGCCUCAACGAGUCUCAGAUCAAGAUCUGGUUCCAGAACAAGCGGGCCAAGAUCAAGAAAGCCACGGGCAACAAGAACUCCCUGGCGGUCCACCUCAUGGCACAAGGACUCUACAACCACUCCACCGCCUCCAAAGACGGCAAGUCCGACAGCGAGUAGAGCAAGAGCAGGAGGAAGGGGGGGGGGCAGGGAGGGACCAGGAGGAGGAGGAAGAAGAAACCAUAAUCAUAAUAAGAAGUAAAUAAAGGGAAGGUUUCCUCUAGAGUUUAUACAAUGCAAUAAUUUAAUUAAAAACAAAACAAAAAAAACCGCAAAACGAAGAAGGGCCAGUGUAUAAAGAUUAUCUACCAGCAGAAAUAGUGGGGAAAUAUUGUGUAUUAGAGAGAACUCUGCAAUAUUCAGUGUGUGUGUACAUAUAUAUAUAUAUAUUAUAUUAUAUAUAUUAUAUAUAUAUAAUUUACAGGUAAGGUGUUGUACAAAGAUCCAAAAGAUCUGAUUAUAAAAUAUUUUUUUGAUUUGUUUUGUUUUGUUUUUUUGUUCUACGGAAAUUUUAGAAGCUAACUUUUAUCAGUUUUUUUAAAAAAAAGAAGAAGAAGAAGCUUAAGUUAUCUCUUUUUUUAAAUAGACUUAAGCACUGUUUUCAACGGACACUGGACACUGUUUUUUGAGAUUCAAAAUAUUAAAGACAACUUUUGCUGAAGUCCAAAGAUUUUUAUUGCUGCAUUUCACGAGACUGUGAACCGAAUAAAUAGCUCUCCUAUUUGUUCUAUGAGUUUAAACGUUUCUUUUCCUUUUUUUCCUUUUCCUUCCUCUUGUGUUUGCCUUUGGGGUGGGAAUAGAAGCAUCACUUGAAGACUGACGAGAUAAAUUAGGAAGAGAAUAUAUAAACGUGCUAUCGGUCUGUAAAUAUAAAGGAACAAAUGAGGGGAAAUAAGACUCUAACAGCUUUUCCUGAAUUUCCCUUCCUUUCCCUGGGGAGUAAAAGGAAGGGAUGGAAAGUACUCUCGUUUUUUACUCAGAACAGAGGCAGCCUCCGAGGAACUUGGAAAUUAGUCUUUCCGCCGCCCAAGAAAAGCGUGUAGGAAAAAGUUUAGAAAACGUCGCCGCUUCUGGGAAAGUGUUUUGGGAAGAGAAAAAGGAAGAAGGCUUUAGUUGUGUAGUUUCCUUAGGACGAUC